CUGUGAUCUUGGACGUGGACGACCAUCAUCGACCUGACACCGCGUGGGACGUAGCCAUCCGCCGCCUCGCAUCACCGCUCGCCCACCGCUUCCUCUUGACUCACUUCUUCAUUUGCCAACUAUGAAGCGCUCGCUCUUUGGUGGUGCUAUCUCGUGCGACGUGCCCAGCGGCUUUGCCGACGUGAGCGAGUUCCGCCAAGUGCCCGACAACCAAGAGGUGUUUGCCGACGCCGUGACGGACCGCUGCGUCAUCAUUGAGCUCCUUCAAAUGGAAGAAACCAUCGGCGAGAGCGCCACGGGUACGUUCUACUUUAACGAAAUCGCCGACUCGAACGCGUGUGCGCCGACGGACCGCCACGUGGCCCAAGCGUUUACGAUGCCCGCAUCCGAAGUGCAUGGGCUCCAAGUGCCCGCGCACAUUGCCGUCGGCACGCAGGCCGUCGCCAAGUACAAGGAGGCCGCCAAGAACGUCAUCCAAGUCUACGUGUGCUGCCUGCGCCUCCCGCGCGCGACGACCGACCUCGUCGUCUCGGUCACAGUGCCCAUCUCGGUGGACCCCAACAGCAGCAGCCGCGGCCACAUACCCACCGACGUCGACGAAGGCUCGGUCUUUCUCAAGGCCAUCUUCCGCUCGCUCGCCGUGCACGAUUGGGACCUCUUUCAAUAAAUCGUUUAGACGUCUUUUCCGACA